AAAUUACGCAAUCGUCAAAAUACCAUAGACGAAGAAUAACUUCCUCUUACGUCAGACUAAUAUGUCGGCGUUCAGGAGAGUUUUUUUUUGUUUUGGUUUGAGCUAUGCCUCAAACCUUGGGAGACUCAGUGGGGCGUUGGUGCGCCGACAAGCCAUGAAAAUCCCCACGGUGAUCCGGAUGAACUGGAUAUCGCUGUCUGCUAUUGGUGGCCUAUGUGCAGUGCCCUUCUCACAGAAACAAGACAACCUAUCUCAUGAAGCCUUGGUCCGCAGGGCAUCCUCUUUGGUCACAGAUAGCACCAACACCUUCCUCUCUCAGACCACCCUGGCACUCGUAGACUCAUUCACACAGUAUGUUAAGACUAUACAUACACUGGUGACCCUACACAAGCACUAUGUUGCCUCAGGCAGCAAGCUGACCCCUUCGGAGGAGGACUCUGUUUGGCAAGUGAUUGUUCGCCAGCGCCAGGAGGUGAGUGAUUUGAGGGAGGACUGUAAGAGGUUUGAGUCUAACUGGAUGAUGGCCAUCAACCUCUCUAAACUGGCAGCUGAAACGGCAUACAACGCGGGUGCUGACCAGGCGUCUGUGACAGCACAGACCAGCCUCCAGGUGGCGCAGUCUCAUGUCAAUCAGAUCAGACAGCUCUUUAUGGAGGCAGAGAAGAACCUAAAGGAGUCCAAAGCAGAGGACAGUCAAAGGAUCAAGCUACCUGCCGCCAUGGAGGAAGAAGACGUCCCUGAGGCAUAUCUGCGGGAGGACUAACUCUACUUUAUUACAUCCAUUCCCACAGCUUUGAACCAUUUACAGUCUUGUCCACCUGAUUCUGUUUGUAUGAUGUGACUACUAGGCCACAUGGACUGUACAUUGAUGCUGCCUGUAUGGCAGCCUAGUGGUGAUACGCCUCUUGAUGAACGGAAUUUAGAGUGGAGGGGAUUUUCUUGUUAUGACCGCUGAUCAGUUAUUGAUACGUUUUGACUCAAAUCAUGGGAACCAAUUUGUGGGUCCAAUACUUUGUAUUGAGUGUGGGAUAUAAGCUCUACAAAUUAAAUGUUGUUAUUUUGUUGCUAAUGUGAAUAUACUGCUGUCGUGUUUGUGUGCAUUUAAGCAGAGAAGUGCAAUUUGAGAUUACAGCUUUCACUGCUGUGUUUUUAGAUAAUGUAUUAAGUACUUUUAGUGCUGAAAAUACAAGUAUUGUUGUGACUCUAAAGGUAGCCAAAAGGUGACUUUUAAUUUGUUUUAUUGCUGUCUGAUCUUGUUUGUGUAUCUAUCAGUUAUGUCACUUUUAAAUGCAAGUAAAAAAAGGUUGAUUUCUGA